AUGGGUGGCUCAAUAAGCAAGAUGAUGGGCAAGAUCUUCUCGUCCAAGGAGAUGCGCCUGCUGAUGCUGGGUCUCGACGCUGCUGGAAAGACCACCAUUCUCUACAAGCUCAAGCUCGGCCAGGAUGUGACGACUAUUCCUACCGUCGGUUUCAACGUCGAGACCGUCACAUACAAGAACGUCAAGUUCAACGUUUGGGAUGUCGGUGGUCAGGACAAGAUUCGUCCUCUUUGGAGACACUACUUCAGCGGUACCCAAGGAUUGAUCUUCGUGAUUGAUUCUUGUGACCGCGCCCGAAUUGACGAGGCCAGACAGGAGCUGCACCGCAUUAUCAACGACCGCGAGAUGAAGGACAGCUUACUACUGGUGUUUGCCAACAAGCAGGAUCUCAGUGAUGCCUUGACGCCCCAAGAAGUCACUGAACAGCUCCAACUCUCAAAGCUCAAGGACAAGCUCUGGUACGUCGUGCCCAGUUGCGCGACCACUGGCGAGGGCCUGAUGGAGGGUUUGGCAUGGCUCUCCAACAAUGUCAAGGCUAUUCCUGCUCCACCUCCCAAGAAGUAA